UCCACAGCUACUACGGGUGACCCCGACCAGGGGCCUCGUUUAUCGAAGGUGUGUGUGCGUACAAAAAGAAGAAGACUAAACUGCUCGCCUUGACAGAAUGGGUACAGUAGUGUUGGGAUUAGGAGUAGAGGUCGACCGACUAUGAUUUUAGUAUGGGUAGGCUACAGUAGUGUUGGGAUUAGGAGUAGAGGUCGACCGACCAUGAUUUUAGUAUGGGUAGGCUACAGUAGUGUUGGGAUUAGGAGUAGAGGUCGACCGACUAUGAUUUUAGUAUGGGUAGGCUACAGUAGUGUUGGGAUUAGGAGUAGAGGUCGACCGACUAUGAUUUUAGUAUGGGUAGGCUACAGUAGUGUUGGGAUUAGGAGUAGAGGUCGACCGACUAUGAUUUUAGUAUGGGUAGGCUACAGUAGUGUUGGGAUUAGGAGUAGAGGUCGACCGACUAUGAUUUUAGUAUGGGUAGGCUACAGUAGUGUUGGGAUUAGGAGUAGAGGUCGACCGACCAUGAUUUUAGUAUGGGUAGGCUACAGUAGUGUUGGGAUUAGGAGUAGAGGUCGACCGACUAUGAUUUUAGUAUGGGUAGGCUACAGUAGUGUUGGGAUUAGGAUUAGAGGUCGACCGACUAUGAUUUUAGUAUGGGUAGGCUACAGUAGUGUUGGGAUUAGGAUUAGAGGUCGACCGACUAUGAUUUUAGUAUGGGUAGGCUACAGUAGUGUUGGGAUUAGGAGUAGAGGUCGACCGACUAUGAUUUUAGUAUGGGUAGGCUACAGUAGUGUUGGGAUUAGGAGUAGAGGUCGACCGACCAUGAUUUUAGUAUGGGUAGGCUACAGUAGUGUUGGGAUUAGGAGUAGAGGUCGACCGACCAUGAUUUUAGUAUGGGUAGGCUACAGUAGUGUUGGGAUUAGGAGUAGAGGUCGACCGACCAUGAUUUUAGUAUGGGUAGGCUACAGUAGUGUUGGGAUUAGGAGUAGAGGUCGACCGACUAUGAUUUUAGUAUGGGUAGGCUACAGUAGUGUUGGGAUUAGGAUUAGAGGUCGACCGACUAUGAUUUUAGUAUGGGUAGGCUACAGUAGUGUUGGGAUUAGGAUUAGAGGUCGACCGACUAUGAUUUUAGUAUGGGUAGGCUACAGUAGUGUUGGGAUUAGGAGUAGAGGUCGACCGACUAUGAUUUUAGUAUGGGUAGGCUACAGUAGUGUUGGGAUUAGGAGUAGAGGUCGACCGACCAUGAUUUUAGUAUGGGUAGGCUACAGUAGUGUUGGGAUUAGGAGUAGAGGUCGACCGACUAUGAUUUUAGUAUGGGUAGGCUACAGUAGUGUUGGGAUUAGGAGUAGAGGUCGACCGACCAUGAUUUUAGUAUGGGUAGGCUACAGUAGUGUUGGGAUUAGGAGUAGAGGUCGACCGACUAUGAUUUUAGUAUGGGUAGGCUACAGUAGUGUUGGGAUUAGGAGUAGAGGUCGACCGACUAUGAUUUUAGCAUGGGUAGGCUACAGUACCCAAAAAGCCGAUACCGAUUAAAAAUCAGCCAAUUCACUCACUCACACACACACACACACACACACACACACA